GUGUACGACGAGAUCUACUCGGACGCGGAGGUCUUCCGCCGUGUGUCGGUGCUGCCGCCGUCGCGCGCGCUGCCGCGCGGGAUCCGCGAGGCGGACGCGUACCUCUUCUACGACGGCAGGACGAGGACGGGCGACAUCGCGCCCUCGCUGGUGCAGCGGCUCGUCGCGCGGGCCGACGCCUACCGCAGCGGGAUGGAGACUCCAGGCGAGCCCGCUGCCGGAGCUGGCCGCGACCGCCAGGGCGGCGCCGCCGCGGAGGCAGUCGGCGGCGUUGACACGCCGCGCAGUUCGGAGCGGGGCGGGGGGCCCGUGGGCUUGGACGCGCCGCCGCUGCCGCCCCGGGCGCGCGUGGGAGCCUGGCUGGUCGCCGACCCGAGCUGUGGCUUCGCGCUGGGCGCCGAGACGGCUGACCCCGAGGUGCAGUGCGGGACGGCGGGGAUCGCGCGUCUCGGUGGUGUUAACGUCGCCGUGGAAUGGGUCGCGCUCGACGCCCUCGACGACUACGCGUCCACGGGAGCUGCUCAGCUCCGUCGAGCCUUCGGCUCGGCCGCUCCGGCCGCUGCGGACAUCGGCGGCGCCGACGGCGCUGGCGUCCUGGAGAAGGCCAAGGCGCUCGUCAGCCGCGCCCAGCGGGCCCUGCGCUCCAAGGCCGACGACGACAUGUGGCUGAAGGAACAGCUCAGCAAACUGGACAGCCCGGAGCUCGAGGGGCUCGUGAAGGAAGUCUUCUCCGAGAGCGGGUCGCUGAAGGUGGAGCUCAGCGACGUGAUGACGAGGCUGGCCAAGCUAGGCGACGCUGGAGGUUGCCCAGGGGCGUUUGGCGACAGCGACGCCAGAGUGCUGGCAGCCCGCGCGCCCUUCGGGAUCAGGCACCGCGACUUCAGGGCAUCCGUGGAGGCCAUGCAGGAGAGCUCCUGGGAGACUGGCCGCUGA